UAAGGAAGCAAUCGAGCGGUCAUUCAUUGUAAGAUCAGUUUAUUUUGAAAGCUAUUCCAAAGAUAAUUCUCUCUAUAUCAGUAUCGGUAUUCUCUGUCAAUCAAUAUAUCAUCUUUCAUUCGUGUCAAUAAUUAUUUGAAAUUUUGUGUAUUUAUAUCGAUUGUAUCUACAGAUACUAUGAUAAUGCAGUGGAGAACCUUUUCGAAAAUGAAUUUUCCGUUGUUCAUCACCUGUUUGCUGCCCUUCAUAACCAGUGCCGGAAUAUUAUCACCCACGAGUGGUCGUAGAGGGAAUAUCCGCGAACGUUCGACCUCAAAUUAUGGAAUAAAGAAAGAGGACCUGGAAAGCGCGGUGACGUUCGCUUACCACACCACGAACAUGUCCGAGCGAUUGGAGGACAACAUCAAAGGACGAGUCGGCAUCAGCAAUGGUUCGCCCUCUUUCGGGCUGAACAUCGCUUACAGAUCGGAAGAUAGAGCGAUUGAGAGGGGUAGAAAGGCCCUGAUAGCUGCGAGAGCUACCGUUCAGUUGGCCAACAUGUUUUGCAUGAGUUAUAAACUGAACUAUGACGAUUGCUUAGCUGCUAUCAACAAAUUCAGUCUGAAGGAUUCGUCUUUGAAAUCCGUUUGCGAUCAUUCAGAGAAAAACUGUUCUUCUGAAGAAUACCAAAACAUGUACCGAUCACCAGAAGGUUCCUGCAAUAACGUCAAGAAGAGCAGUUUGGGAGAAUCAUUCACUGGAUAUACAAGACUAUUGGCUCCUGAUUACUCCGAUAACAUCAAUACCGUGAGAAGAGCUCGCAACAAAGAUGCAUUGCCAAAUGCAAGAACAGUCGGUAGUACCAUCAUUGACGAGAUCAGAUUUACCAAUGAUCGAUUGACGCUAGCUGUCAUUCAAUGGGGCCAAUUCCUGGAACAUGAUUUGAGUAGAUUUGCCUUUCCAGUGAUGUAUCACUACAACAUUUCGUUCGAUUGCUGCGAUCGCGAUGGGCGCAAUUUGGCGCCCAGAUACCUCCAUCCACUUUGCAUGGCCGUCGGGGUGCCCUCGGAUAACGAGUACACCUUCGCCAGCGGUUUGAGUUGCAUAAGUUACGCUAGGUCCCUGCCCGCCGUAGGGAACGACUGCCGCUUCGGAUGGAUCAACCAACUCAAUCAAGCAACUCAUUUCUUGGACGGCUCUCAAGUAUACGGGGUGACGUUCGAAAAGACCUCGGAACUGCGCAGCUACACCGAUGGAAUGCUAAAAAUGCACCAAAUCGGCGAGAAACACUUUCUGCCUUCCUCAGAAAAUCCUAGUGAAAACUGUCAAGUUGAGACAAAAAACGCGGCUUGCUUCACAGCUGGAGAUCCGAGAGUCAACCAGCAUCCGCGUCUCACGGUGAUGCACACGAUUUGGGCGCGAGAACACAACAGGAUAGCGGAAAAGUUGAGGGAAAUGAACGAGCACUGGGAUGACGAGAAGCUGUUCCAGGAGACCAGAAGGAUCGUUGUUGCCGAGAUGCAGCACAUUACUUACAACGAUUGGGUGCCUAAGAUUUUGGGUGAGAAGAAAUUACAGAAUGCUGGGAAAACUUAUCAAGAAAGUGUUGACCCCACCGUCAGUAAUAGUUUCGCCACAGCUGCCAUCCGGUCUCUGCAUUCUAUGUUCAGCGAUCAUUUCAGAUUAUUAGAUGAAGAUCGUAAUAACGCCGAUUCACCCUCCAUAAAUUACAGAGGACAUUUCAACAAUCCCGGAAUAAUUCUAAAAGUUGAUGUUUUUGAUUCUCUGAUCAGAGGACUUGCAAGUGAAAGCAUCGGAAAUGUUGAUGCCAGAUCUCAAAAGCUUCCCAAUGAAUCAUUCACCGAUGAAAAUUUCGGCUACGAUACGCUAACUCUGGAUAUCCAGAGAAGUAGAGACCAUGGUCUGCCGAGCUACAACGCGUAUAGAAAACAUUGUGGACUCAAAAUGGCGAGCAGUAUGCAGAAUUUCGCAGAUCAUAUGACUAGUGCAAAUGCAGAACUACUAGCGAAUUUGUAUGAUAGUCCUGACGAUGUGGAUCUGAUCGUAGGCGGCCUAAUGGAAACGCCGCAGCCAGGUUCUCUGGUUGGUCCGACGUUCGCUUGCUUGAUAACGGACCAAUUGCUCCGUACCAGGCAAGGCGACAGAUUUUUCUACACCAACCAAAAUCAACCUAAACCGUUCAGUUCCACGCAGUUGAGAGAAAUUGAGAAAGUGUCGCUGGCAAGAAUAUUUUGUGACAACUCGGAUAGUAUCAAAAUGAUGCAGCAGGAUGUAUUCGUGAAAAUAAGUCGAAGCAAUGAUCUGGUCGAUUGCAAUAGCGAUAUAAUUCCUCGAAUGAAUUUGAUGCCUUGGCAAGAUACAUAAAAGAAUAAUCAUUAGUGGACUGGAUAUCACAAACACUACCUACUUAAUACCACUAUAUUAGAAAGUAUUAUUUGAAAAUGAGGACAAGUAGUGAGGACAAGUUGCCAGGAUUGUACAGGAUUUCACAUCACCACCACGUUUGUUCAUUAAUCUUGGACUUUACUUAUAGGUUCUAUUUUCACUUGGGGGUUUUGACUCUGUUAUAUUAAAAUGAUAAAAAAUACUGAACUAUU